AUGCUCACUUUGACAUCUCGAUGGCGUAUCAUCUCAGCCAUCGGUUUGGGCGCGGUGGCCUGGCAUAGUCAAAGUACCGGGGCUUUGGCUGAGGGCUGUCCACCAGCCUGCGUUAUCGAUGACCAGGGACGCACGUUGCGCCUCCGCCAACUUCAGGUGUUCUUUCGGCAUGGCGCGCGCACACCCAUCCACAGCGUUCCCGGUAACCAAAACCCAUCAGCAUCCUGGGAUGCGGACAUGUGCCAAUCCUUGCCCGACCUUGAGCGGACCUUACGCAUCACUGAUGCCAACGGUGCGCCCCGUCCCACCAAUCUGGCCAAUGAGAAGCAGAAACUGAGCAUGCUUCCCGGCGGCUGCCAUCUUGGCUGUUUAACCAAAACGGGCCGUCAAGAUGUCUUUGAGCUGGGCCGUCGCCUCCGCACGCGGUAUAUGGAGGAAAUUGCUUUUUUGCCGACGGACUACAACUCUGAACAAGUCACAGUGCGCUCCACCAAUAUCGAGCGCACCAUCGAGUCGGCCCGCAUGGUCGUCUCUGGCCUCUUCGGAACCAUCGGUGAGGACCGUGCCACCAUUGCCCGCCUGCGUCAUCCCAUGGUGGCCAGGGCAUAUCAUGCACGGAAUGAUCAAACUCAGAGCGAGUUUACGGCUCAAAUGGCCCGCCUCCUUCGCGUCGGUGAAGAAGAAAUUCACUAUGUUGGCUUGCGCGACAACUUUGUGGCCCGACUUGCCCACAACAAGAGCAUUCCGCCGGGUAUCACACGAACCAUGAUGCGGCGCAUUGAAGGCUAUGCCGUGCGCGAUGUAGUGGCCUUGUUCCAGGAUCGCCCGGAAGAAACCCUUCGCUUGACUUGCGGCCUUGUCAUCAAGGACAUUCUGAACAACAUGCAGCACAUGCAAGAGCAUCCGCUGCAGUCGCCACCUCUUCGCUUGUACUCUGCACACGACACCACGUUGAUGCCACUGCUGCUGGCAUUUGGUGCCUUUGACGGCCAUUGGCCUCCUUACGCCGCUGACAUUACUCUUGAACUGUUCGAGGAUCAACACCAGCACGGUGACUACUACGUUCGUGCUCUCUACUGCGGCGAGAUCAUCCGCAUGCCUAAUCAAGAAAGCGAUUUUGUUCCCUACAAGGUUUUCCAUGCAGCGAUGGACCGCCUGGUUCCCAAGAACCUAACCGCAGAAUGCCGCCUACAGAACAACACUGGCGCCAACCUCGGUGAUGGCGAUGGAUCCUCGUUUUGAACGGGAUUUCCAAGUCCCCACCUCUGCCCCUGCCAGCAAUCUCGCCUGUGCGCAUCGUAAAUCAAUUAUAAACCUU